AUAUUUUUUGUCAGCAACUAGAAUUUGUAUAUUCCGAUAGAUUUCUGUUUAAAAUGGAUAUUACUACGUUUGCUCCGAAUGUUACCACUAACGGAACCAUCAAUGGGACUGGUGGUAACUUUCCCAAACCAGACCCCUCACGACAGAUACUAAACAUACUGAUUACUGUCAUGCUGGCCAUCAUAAUGAUCGGAAUGGGUUGCGCAGUAGAAUUUCCAAAAGUAAUUAAACAUCUCAAAAAACCAUCCGGCGUGAUCGUGGGAUUCUUCUGCCAGUUUGUUAUAAUGCCAUCGAUAGCAUUUGGCCUUGCAAAGGCAUUUCAAAUGCCAGAACCAGAAACAUUGGCUUUGUUGAUUUUGGGUGCAUGUCCUGGUGGAUCAACUUCAAAUAUUGCUGCGUAUUGGAUAGACGGAGACAUGGAUUUGAGCAUAACAAUGACAACAGUAUCAAGCACGUUAGGAUUGGGAAUGAUGCCGCUUCUCUUGUACAUCUACACACUUGGAUUUGAUCAAUCGAUGGUGGUACCCUUUGAAACGUUAGGCGUCACUUUAGCAGCGUUGAUUGUACCAAUAGCGCUUGGAAUGAUUAUCAGAUGGAGAUUUCCUCGCCAUGCAGAGAAACUAGUUAAGAUUCUAUCAAUCCUCGGAGCCAUUGCAAUAAUUGUAGUCGCUGUGAUUUCAAUUGUUACUUUUAACGGAGUGUGGUCCAUUCUUCCAAGUCAGAUUGUUUGCGCAGCAAUUUUUCCUGCAAUUGGGAUGAUACUCGGAUACACAAUAUCUUCGAUUAUAUCAUUGAUUCCACGCAUACGACUCCAUCAUUACCAAAGACGUACGGUAAGUCUUGAAACCGGAGUUCAAAACACUCAGCUGGCGAUCUCAAUAAUACAACUAUCUGGAUUCACUCUGCAAGAAACAGGAAGAAUGAUCCUAUUCCCAGUUAUUUAUUUAGUCAGCCAGGCCGCUUGGAUUGUCGUAAUUAUCAUCGUUUUUGUGGCUUACAAACAAAAGUGCAAAAAAGAGGACACUUCAGACGAACUAAAGGCACCGGCAGGUAAAUUUAAACAACAAGGGGACCAUAAUACAUACGGCAACGUCAACUUGACUUUUGAUCAAAAUGAGAAAAGCAACGAGAAAGUCACUGGUAACUCAGUAUUCUGA